UAAAUAAUGUAAACAAAUUCCCCACUAUGAACGAUGGUUUAAAAUUUUAAUUUUUUAGGUUUAAAAAACCUGUUCUUAGUACAAAGUUUAACACAAAACGCCAUAUUAUAAAAAUCUUUACCUUUAAACACUUUUUAGGAUUAAAAUCAACAUGGUGUUAGUAAAAAACACUCUAAUUUUAGUUUACUUAUUAUCAGUGGUCCUGUUUGGUUGUUUCCUAAAGUAUAUUUAUUUAUAUAAUUUUAUAUUAUACAAGUUUUUCUAUAGGGAUGACCCUAAUAAUACCUAUGAUUACAUUAUUGUUGGUGCAGGUUCUGCUGGCUCCAUUCUAGCUAACAGACUAUCAAAAAAUAGCCAAGAUAAACUUCUCUUACUUGAAGCGGGUAUGAUCGACAAUGAUAUUCUGCACAUACCAUCCAUUGGUUUGCUUUUACAACAAACUGAAUUUGACUGGCAAUAUAAAACUGUACCUCAACAAAAUGCUUGCAUGGGAUUAACUGGAAAUGUUAGCUUGUGGCCUAUGGGGAAAAUCUUUGGAGGUACCAGCAUGCUUAACAACAUGCUCUAUGUCAGAGGCCAUCAGCAUGACUAUGAUGAAUGGUUUAAGAAUAAAAGUGAUUAUAGUAUUGCAGAUAUUUGGCAGUAUUUUAAAAAAAUUGAAAAUGAUAAAGCUAAAAGUUGUACUGAGAGACCAGUUUACUUAAGUGAUUUAACUUUUACCACAAUACUUCCUAAGAUAAUGUUAAAGGCUGCAGAAACUUUAGGAUACUCAACUAUAGAAGAUAAUUAUAACUGUGUACCUGGUUUUAAUAUUCCAAAAGCUAAUCUUUACCAAGGCAAAAGAUGGACAUCUGCUGAUUCAUUAAAGUGGCCUAAAAGAGAUAAUCUUUCAAUAAAAACUAGUUGUAUUGUAGAGAAGGUUCUUUUCAAAGGAAACUUUGAAGCCUAUGGAGUACAAUACAAUUGCCUAGGAAGUACUUACAAAGCUUUUGCUAGUAAAGCUGUUAUUUUGUCUGCUGGGGUAGUGGGUAGUCCUAAAAUAUUAAUGCUCUCUGGUAUAGGACCAAAAGCCCAUUUGAAAUCCUUAGGGAUCACACCUAUAAUUAACUUACCUGUGGGGGAAAAUUUGCAAGAUCAUGUUACCACUGGUUUUGACCUGGUUUUAUUGAAUCAAAGUUUAGGCAUAGGAAUUCCCGAAAUGAUUUCUCCUGUAUCUAUUUAUGACUAUUUUAUUAAUGGAGCUGGUCCAUGGAGUACCACUGGGUGUGAGGUAAUGGCAUUUUUUAACACCCUUAAGAACUUUGGCUCUCCUGACCUUCAGUUUAUGGUGAUGCCUCUUGGUAUUUCUGAAGAUAAUGGGCAUUAUUUAAGGAGACUUGUAGGUAUUUCAGACCAACUUUGGUCCACAUACUUUUCAAAAAUUACUAAAAAAACCAUGACAAUUUUACCUGUACUUUUACAUCCUAAAAGUAAAGGUUCAGUACGACUUGCAAGUAAGGAUUUCAAAGAUUUGCCCCUUAUAGACCCGCAGUACUUAAGUGAUCCGCGGGAUGUGGAAGUACUUUUAAACGGCAUUAAAAUAAUCCAAAGAUUGGUUAAAACCAAGGAGUUUCAGGAGUUAGGAGCCGAGUUUAACAAUCUAGUUUUGCCUGAAUGUGCUAUGAACAAAUUUAAUACUAAAAGUUAUUGGGAGUGUUACAUACGUCACUUGACUAUAACAGCUUACCACCCAGUUGGAACGUGCAAAAUGGGGUCUAGGGAUGAUGAAUCUGCUGUGGUGGAUUUUGAUUUUAAGGUGAAAGGGACUAACAAGCUCUAUGUAGCCGAUGGAUCAGUGCUUCCGACACAAUCGAGUGGUAAUAUUAACGGGCCUAUAAUGAUGCUGGCCGAAAUGGCGGCCGAUCUAGUCAGGAAAAAUUACUAUUUAAGUUUUAAGAAGUGUUCUUUUUUUGAUAUUUUUAUACCUAAGAGCAAAUGUUGAUGUAUUUAUAAAGUUUAAUAAAGUUAUUAAAAGUAUUUUAAGCAA